UCAAGAAGUGGUUUGUCCAUCUCAUUUGAGGCCCUACUCCGUCGAAGAAAAACUAAUGGCACCAUUUACAGCUUAGUUUAUAGCAGAACAAUUCUGUUGCUCCAGAGAACUCCUUCGAUCUUUUGCUGCAAAUCCAGGAAAAGAGUGUUUUACCAGGAAAACAAUUCUGUCGCUACCUCGGGUCCUUCAACCAUAUCUCCAAGGAUAGAGGUCAAUGCUUGAUAAUGGAAAAAAUUAUAAAUAUUGUAAGAAUUUAUGGUUUAAACUAAAGAUAUAUAUAAUCUGAUAGAAGAUAAAAUAGGCAAUAACAACAGAGGCUCCAAGAAAUCAACAAAAAAGAAUAAAAAGAAAAAAAAUGAAGCAGGGGCUUCUUCUAUGGAGUCCUUGCCAUCUCUCUCCACCAUCUUUCCACUCGCUUUCCAUCAAAAUUUCAACAGCCAAACAAACCCCUCAACUCCCACCAAUCUCUGCGUCUCUUGAUUCGACCAACACCCAAGUCCAACAGCAGCAGUUAUCAGCGAGGGAGAAAAGGCAGCUAAGAAACGAAAGAAGAGAGAGCAAAGCAGGGUAUAAUUGGCGAGAAGAAGUUGAAGAGAGGCUCAUAAAAAAACCCAAGAAGAGAUACGCUUCUAGGUCCGAGGAACUCAAUCUUGAUAACUUGGCGCACUUGGGUCCUCAGUGGUGGGUCGUUCGAGUCUCCAGGGUUAGAGGUCUCGAGACAGCUGAGAUCAUGGCUCGCUUACUCGCUAGGAACUUCCCGGACUUCGAUUUCAAGAUGUAUACUCCAGCUGUUCAGGAGAAGAAGAGAUUAAAAAGUGGUUCUAUAUCAAUUAAACCAAAGCCCUUAUUUCCAGGGUGUGUUUUCUUAAGAUGUGUAUUGAACAAAGAGAUUCAUGACUUCAUAAGAGAAUGCGACGGUGUUGGUGGUUUUGUUGGUUUCAAGGUUGGAAAUACAAAAAGACAAAUAAACAAACCUAGGCCAGUGUCCGUUGAUGACAUAGAGGCAAUCUUCAGGCGGGCCAAAGAAGAACAAGAAAAAGCCGAUCAAGCAUUUCAGGAGGAACAGCAAGGAGAAAAAACCCUCAUGUCUGAUAAGCUGAAUAUAGAAUAUAAUUUAGAUUCCAAUGGUGUUACAACAUCCAUUUUGGAUUCUAAGCAAAAACGACAAUCUAGAAAGCAUUCUAAUACUGUAGCAAAUGGAGCAAAGGAUAUGAAGCUACUUGUCCCAGGUUCAAUGGUUCGAGUUUUAUCCGGGACUUUUGCAGAAUUUGUAGGCAGCCUUAAGAAAUUGAACCGCAAAACUGGAAAGGCAACUGUGGGAUUUACACUAUUUGGGAAAGAAAGCUUAGUAGAGCUAGAUGUCAAGGAUAUUGUUCUGGAAACAAAGUGAUAUGAAUGUGCUCUCCUGAUAAUCAUUAUGGUUAAAAAGAGUAAGUUAAUUGAGCUCAUGACCUUUUGCUAUCCAUUCUGUGGGUAUCUUUUCUUCCACAUGGAGUGUAGAUUGUGGCAUAAGUCAUAAAAUACACCUCAUCGUUGCUUGUAAGCUUUUGUAGAUCAUUCUGUUAGUUGCUUGCCGUAUCGAUUGUACCUUGCCAUUGGGUAAUCAGAAUUUUUCUGAAUUUGUAUAACCUGUCAAGUCAUUAUCCUUUCAUAUAUCACAUUCAUAUUCGCCCUCAAGGAUGUAUACAUUUUUUGCAUACAAAGUACACAUUCAUAAUUAGCCAAGUAAAUUUGAAGAAUAUUUUUCCGUUUUGAAUAUAUUUUAAAAGUUUAUACGUUGCAAGUCUGUCAAAAACUUUGUAGGUUAAUACAAUGUAUAUUUUGAGGAGGCAACUGGAUAAAACUAGAGAUUCAUGAUGUUAACCUCUGUCUGAUGUGUAUAGAACUGUGUGUGCUUGUAUGUGCAUGUGUCUGAAGGUGAUGCUCUGCCUAUUUUUAUUUCCCGGCUGAUAGUUGAUUUGCUCGGGCUGAAGCUUGGCUAUUGUAAGCUUUGUUACCUUGGAGUUAUGUAUCUUCACUUGUGAAUCCUCAUAAAACUGGUUCACAUUCUCGAGUUGUCCCCUUAAUCAUACUUC